AUGGCUGAGCCAAUGUGGACACUGACCAAGAAACUAAAAUGCUAUUUGCUUCUUCAUGUGUCCUUUCUUCUCCUAGUAACUCUGGCCUUGGCCUUCUUUGGCUAUCAUUUCCUGAAUCUGAAAAGCCAGAAGCUAGAAACCGUGCUAUUUGAGCCAAGCAUGGUUGUUAGAGAACUGGACAACCAGCAAGUUGUAAAUUUAUCAAGGGGAAAACUGGACAACCAGCAAGUUGUAAAAUUAUCAAGGUUGCUGAAUUUCCAGCCAAACCUGCUAUUACCUUGUAGGCACGAUGUCCUUGUUCUCACCCCUUGGCUGGCUCCCAUAAUUUGGGAAGGGACCUUUGACAUUGACAUCCUGAAUGAACAGUUCCUGCUCCAGAAUACCACCAUUGGAUUAACUGUGUUUGCCAUUAAAAAAUACAUCAUUUUCCUAAGACUGUUCCUGGAGUCUGCAGAGAAGAACUUCAUGGUGGGACACAGGGUGAACUACUACAUCUUCACUGACCAGCCAGACUUGGUUCCACGCCUCACCCUCCAAAAACACAGGCAGAUGGUGGUCCUCCAGGUCCGGAAUUACUCCCGCUGGCAGGAUGUUUCCAUGCACCGCAUGGAGAUGAUCAGCAAUUUCUCCACACAGCGCUUCCUUCAUGAGGUGGAUUACCUGGUGUGUGUCGAUGUAGACAUGAAGUUUAAUGACCAUGUGGGUGUGGAGAUCCUCUCCUCCUUGUUUGGCACCCUCCAUCCUGGCUUCUUCGGGUUCAGUCGGAAUUCCUUCUCCUAUGAACACAGGCCGCAUUCACAAGCCUAUAUUCCCAAAAAUAGGGGGGACUUUUAUUAUACAGGGGCCUUUUUUGGCGGGUCAGUACGGGAGGUUUACAGGCUCACCAAGGCCUGUCACCAGGCAAUGACGGUUGACGAAGCCAAUGGCAUUGAGGCUGUGUGGCAUGACGAGAGCCACUUGAACAAGUACCUGCUUUACCACAAACCCACCAAGGUCCUCUCCCCAGAGUACUACUGGAGUUUUCAUAUGCUGCCUUAUAUGUCUGAAGAGCAGCUGUUCAUCUGGCGUACCAUCCUGAAGAAAACAAGAUUUAUUACAAUCCUGAAGAAUCACCAGAAACUCAGGAACUGA